AGCAACAGAGCAAAACCCUCUUAAAUUUUAUCCCAAGUCUCUCAAUGGCUUCCUCCAUAGUCUCGUCCGCGGCUGUUGCCUCCGUGAACCGUACCAGCUCUCCGGCUCAAGCUGCCAUGGUUGCACCAUUCACUGGGCUCAAGUCAGCCUGGACCAUCCCCAUGACCCGCAAGGUCAACAAUGACAUUACCACCCUAGCCAGCAACGGUGGAAGAGUUCAGUGCAUGCAGGUAUGGCCUCCAGUUGGAAGGAAGAAGUUUGAGACUCUCUCUUACCUACCUGAGCGCUCUCCCGAACAAUUGGCCAAGGAAAUCGAUUACCUUAUUCGCAAUAAAUGGGUUCCCAGCUUGGAGUUCGAAUUGGAGCACCCUUUCGUUUUCCGUGAGCACAACAAAUCGCCUGGGUACUACGAUGGGCGGUACUGGGUGAUGUGGAAGCUCCCUAUGUUUGGGUGCAACGACGCGUCCCAGGUGUUGAAAGAGCUUAAUGAGUGCAAGACGGCUUACCCCAACGCAUUCAUCCGCAUCAUAGGAUUUGACAACUCCCGCCAGGUGCAGUGCGUCAGUUUCAUUGCCUACAAGCCUCCUGGCUUCUAAGCCAACCCCUUUUUUCCUGCGUGUGCAGGCUAUGGUUUCCGCACAACUAGCUACUUGUUUUUAUCUUUCAUUUCUGAAAACUUUUUUUUUCUUCUUUUUUUGAAUUCUGUUUUUUUGUCGGAUCUCCAACUGAACAAAUAUGAGUGUAUGUAAUAACAUUCUUGAUGUUUUUGUUGGUAUCAAUACAAAGACUAAGUUUUUCA